AUGGCGGCUGUUCUGCCUGCAAUUGCACUUCCAGCAGCUUCAAAAGCGUCCCCACCGAAGGGUACAGUGAAGGCAGUCCCUGGAGAGUCGCCUCUUUUCGGCACCUAUAUGGGCAAGAAAACACCUCUCGCGAGCAACUAUACCAAGGUCUUCCCCAAAACUGGUUCAGGGCCUCCAGGCGCCGAUGAUCUUCUCUUUCAGAACUUGCUGGCUGCAGAGUGGAUUAUUUAUUCCUUCUACCAACAAGCUGUCGAAGCUUUCAAUACAUCGAGCUUCACCGAUCUUGGAUAUCCCAACACAACGUAUCAACGAAUCGUUGAAAUGCGCGAUAAUGAAGCGGGACACGUACGAAUAUUUCAGGACCAGAUUUCCGAUAACUCGAUCACCCCUGGGCCUUGCAAAUAUGGUUUCUCGACUACGCAGAUUGAGCCUCUGGUGUGGCUAUCAUUGCAGACCUACCUUGAGACGGCUAGCAUGGCUUAUCUCACAGGGCUUGUCCUUGAUGCCAGUCUAACUGUUUCUAAGUCUGCUCUCCUCGCCAUCGGUACCAUCGAAAGUCGACACAAUACCUGGUCUCUCAUUGACGUGUGGAACACUAGCCCAUUCUCUGGCCCUUCGGACACCACGUAUCCCUAUGCAAACCAGAUUCUGGACGCAACCAACGCAUUCGUCAUCCCAGGCAGCUGUCCCUCCGAGAAUCCUGUCUAUCCGAACCCCACACAGAACCUACCGCAGAUGGGAUUCGUCAAUAAGACUGGAACAACUGGGCACCCAGGCUCGAAAAUCAGCUUCCGCUAUACCGACAAGAACAACCAACCUCAUUGGAAUACAACCGAGAACUACUUUGCCGUAUUUUUCCAUGGUAUCAACAACAUUAGCGUUCCAUACGACCCGAAGAAAAAUUCUGUCACUAUUCCAAGAGCUUUCGAUUCCGACGCUGGUUUGAUUAUUGUCUCCAUUGCGAAUAAGCCACAUGCUCCUACUGAAGAUAGUGUUGUGGCGGGGCCUUUGAUUCUCCUCGAGCAGCCAGAGUUGCUGACUAUGGACUCGCCUACUUUUGCGGAGUAA